AUGAGCCGAACCCUGCAGCUUUGUCUAUUUUUGGCGGUUCUCUCGACUGUGGCGCUGGGCCGGAAGUGCUACAAUUGCUCGAGCUUCGACCCGCACUGCGACGACAACUAUGCACGUUAUUUGAUUGAUUGCCCCCCGAUCAAGGUGAACGGCCAGGAGAAGCUCGUCGUUGGGUGCCGGAAGAUCGAUCAAUGGGUCUAUGAUGAGCACACAAUGUUCAGG